UGUGCGUGUGCGUGUGCGUGGCCGCCAGCGGCCGGAACCCGGCGCAGACGACCCGAGCUUCCCUUCGGUCGGGCUCGGGUCCUGCCGCUUCUUUCCUGGGGCGUCGGCUGGCCGGAGGAUUGUUGAGGCCUGAAGAGAGUGACCACAUUGGAAAGCCUGGGGCUCGCCACACCGAAUCCACAGGAGUAAGAGCAAACCUUUCUUGUGACCUGUCAGGAAAGAAAUUCAUCUUCCUAGAACAUGGCAGGUAAGAAAGUGCUCAUUGUCUAUGCUCACCAAGAACCCAGGUCUUUCAAUGGCUCCUUGAAGAAGGUGGCUGUGGAUGAACUGAGCAAGCAGGGCUGCACCGUCACCGUUUCUGACCUCUACGCCAUGGACUUUGAGCCAAGAGCCACAAGGAAAGAUAUGACCAGUGCCCUCUCUAAUCCUGAGUUCUUCAGUUAUGGGGUGGAAGCAUAUGAAGCCUGCAAGAAGCUGUCUCUUACCAGUGACAUAAUCGACGAGCAGAAGAAGGUUCAGGAGGCUGAUCUAGUGAUAUUUCAGUUCCCGCUGUACUGGUUCAGCGUGCCGGCCAUCCUGAAGGGCUGGAUGGACAGGGUGUUGUGCCAGGGGUUUGCCUUCGACAUCCCAGGAUUCGAUGAUUCUGGGUUCCUUCAGGGUAAAUUGGCCCUUCUUUCGAUAACCACCGGAGGCACAGCCGAGAUGUACUCGAAAACUGGAGUCAGUGGAGAUUUUAGAUACUUCUUGUGGCCCCUCCAGCAUGGGACAUUGCACUUCUGUGGAUUUAAAGUCCUUGCCCCUCAGAUCAGUUUUGCUCCUGAAUUUGUAUCAGAAGAAGAAAGAAAGGGGAUGCUGGCAUCUUGGUCCCAGAGGCUGAAGACCAUCUGGAAGGAAGAGCCCAUCCCCUGCACCCCUCCUUGGUACUUUGGGCAGUAACACCUUGUGUCAUGCACGCAUCCCAUGAGCAACACACUAGGAGAUGCAAGCACAUGCAAA